UCGUUUAGUUGCCAUCAUGAUUGUGCGAAAGUAUUGCGUUAGUCAGACAAAACGUUUUAGUGUUGUGCAAUAAUGGUCAGUAUAGCGAAAGUGAGGCACAAACUAUGGGACAUGUUAUACAGGCUGUGCCAGGAGCCAAAGCGUCUGGUUCGAGCGAUAGUGCUGUUCAUCUGUAGCAUCGUCGUGAUGUAUCAGCUAACGGAUUGCUUCAAAAAGCUUUUCAAUCCGCCAAUAUCAACACACUCGCGGUUUGAUCUCAACGAUACGAUGCUCUACCCAUCGAUUACUUUUUGUCGCGAACCUGCCUACAAGGCAGAUGUCAUGGCAAAGUACAACCUGGCGAUCCACCCUAAGUACAGCAGUGCGUUCGAUCGCUUCCCUUUCAACGAGACUUCGCUCGACCAGCUGUUCAGUGAAGCCACCUACAGUCACAACGAGUUUUUCGUUCAACAUGGGCUUGACGGUGACAUCAAUAACAUACAAGUGGAGGAAAGUUUACAUCUUGAUAUGGGUCGGUGCUACACGCUGAACCCACUUGUUACUACAAAGCACUCCUGGAAGGAAGCGGGCUAUUCAAUCAUGCUACGCCACGAUGCCAAUGUAACACAGGUUAGCGUCGGUGAUACGCCACCUGGUUGGCAUGUAUUUAUACACGAGCAAAAGGAAGGCUUCGCUGAAAACCGCAUGCAAUCCUCCGGUCGUGUCGAAUAUCUCUUUCUGGAAGUAAACGAAGAGUUGGAGAUUCGUCUUUCGACCCAGCAUUUCUUCAUGUUGGCUAGCUAUGAGAACGAAUGUGUUGAGGUUUCUACUGUGAGCUCUACCAAGUGCGGGGAGCUUUGUCACUGGCGAACCGUGGUAGAAUCAGUUGGGUGCUCCGGUCCCUGGAUGCCGGACCUUGAUGUUUCGUAUUGCGACGAUGCCAACAGAACGAAGCAGCUCAUCAAACUCUAUCGUCAGCUGGAGGACCUGGAUGGGACCCAAUGCGGCUGCUAUCAACCUUGCACAACAACGAUCUUCACGGCAUCGGUCAUGAACCGAAAACGGUUCCAAAUCAACAUACCUGCAGCACAGAUCUGGGUUUACUACACCUCUAAGAUGGUGUCGGUUGUGGAAGAGUUCCAUGGUUACGAUUUCAAUCAAUUCGUGUCAGAUUUGGGAGGCUCGCUAGGGUUUCUGCUGGGACUAUCGGUGCUCGGGCUCAUUGGUUUGCUAGAGAAAAUCGUGGAGCUCGUCUUCAUUCGCCGGCUAAUAGCGGAAAAGCGCAAAAAACAAAUGACAGAGAACGACGUCACCAAGGGCCCAAUUCCAACAAACAAUGAGGAAUGCACGAAACCAUCCGUUGCAAGCGAUGUGGCCAAGUGCCAACCAAAGGGUGGGCCCAGCGUGGAAGUCACAGUAAAAUAAAACAAAAGUCAUGCAGAAGAGAUGGUCGUUGCUGGACGACCCACUCUAAUACAGCCUAUCGAAAGAUCGAACGAUCAUCAACGUUGCUUGUUUGCCCGGGUAUUGUAGAGUACGUUUUAUCAGUGUUUUAAACGCACAGCUUCACAAUAAAGUAAUUAAAACGCA